AGUUUCAGAGAACUAGAGAGAAAAUAGCGAAUUCAAAUUGGCAAAGCAAAGCCAAAAAAUCUAGAAAAACAAGCUAGCGUGUUAACACACUAUUCUGUCUGUUUUUGAUUAAAAUUGCCCUGAUUUUGGAACUUAUUCUAUUCUUUAAUUAUCUAGUGCACCACUGAAAGAUGGGGCUAACAUUCACAAAGUUGUUUAGCCAACUAUUUGCCAAGAAAGAGAUGCGAAUUUUGAUGGUUGGUCUUGAUGCUGCUGGGAAGACUACCAUCUUGUACAAGCUAAAGCUUGGAGAAAUCGUGACUACAAUCCCUACGAUUGGAUUUAAUGUUGAGAAUGUUGAAUAUAAGAAUAUCAGCUUCACUGUCUGGGAUAUCGGUGGCCAAGACAAGAUUCGUCCAUUGUGGAGAUUCUACUUCCAAAACACACAAGGUAUUAUUUUUGUGGUGGAUAGCAACGACAGGGAUCGAAUUAUUGAGGCAAGGGACGAGUUGCACAAGCUGUUGAAUGAGGAUGAACUUAGGAAUGCUGUCCUACUGGUGUUUGCUAACAAGCAAGAUUUGCCAAAUGCAAUGAAUGCUGCAGAAAUAACCGAUAAACUUGGUCUUCAUUCUCUCCGCCAACGUCCAUGGUAUAUACAGAGCACAUCCGCAACAACAGGUGAGGGGCUUUGUGAAGGUCUAGAGUGGCUCUCCAACAACAUCUGCAAGGCGUAAAUUUGUAAACUGAAGGGUACAAAGAGUUCAAUGCUUUUCCUUUCUGGUGUGGUUUUGAUGUGGAACAUAACCAAGCAAAUUUAUUAAUGAUUAUCUAUCUUUACCAAGGAUUAGUGAAUGGAAAAUGUACUUGUUCGUUUUACUAUUAUGUGUAUCCAACUUUAAAAAUCUUUAUUGUAAGUAUUGAACUCUUUAUUUUUACGUUUUAUGUAUCUGAUUUGCAACUUUUAUUA